AUGUACCGUCUCCGUACUGCCGACCGUGGCAAGCCGCUCAUUAUCUCGGACGCUGUCAUUCGCGAGUACAGUGACUGCGUCGUCGACACCCUGCACAAGAAGAACCUGCUGUCUCUCGGCGAGGAUCGUUUCCUGACGACACUCAUGACCAAGCACUUCCCGUACAUGUCGUACAAGUUCAUUGCCGACGCCUACUGUCAGACGGCCGCGCCCGAAAAGUGGAGUGUUCUUCUCUCCCAGCGCCGGCGGUGGAUCAACUCAACCAUCCACAACCUGGUGGAGCUUAUGUGGCUCAAGGAGAUGUGCGGCUUCUGCUUCUUUGGCAUGCGUUUCAUUGUCUUUAUCGACCUGUUCGGUACCAUCAUCCUCCCGUCCACAUGUGCGUACCUGGCGUAUCUGAUCUACUCCGUCUCGACGCACAAGGGCGCUUUCCCUCUGUUCUCCAUUGUUAUUUUGGCUGCGGUGUACGGUCUCCAGGCGAUCAUCUUCAUCCUGAAGCGCCAGUGGCAGCAUGUUGGCUGGAUGAUUAUUUACAUCCUUGCCUUCCCGAUCUACUCGCUUAUUUUGCCCGUGUACUCCUUCUGGAACCAGGACAACUUCUCAUGGGGUAAUACGCGUGUCGUUAUUGGCGAGACUGGCAAGCGACAAAUCAUUGCGGCCGAUGACGAGGGCUUCGACCCGCGCUCCAUCCCUCUGCAGCGCUGGGACGACUACGCCACCAUCAACAACCUGCCGGGCCGUCGUGGCGGCGGCGCCAACGAGAAGGGCAUGGGCGUCCACGAGGGCAUGUACGACGAUGGCUAUGAGAUGGACGACAUGAAGUCCAUGUACUCGUCGGUGCGCCAGCCGUCGGUCCUGGCGGGCCUCGGUGCCCGCGGCAGUUACAUGCCCCCACAGUCGCAGAUGUCGCCUGGUCUCUACGGCCGGAGCUCGACGGUGCCCAACAUGGGAGGCUACUCAGACCACCCGCUGCAGCACCGCCAGUCGAUGAUGAGCAUGGGCACUGGUAUCCAGCGCAUGGCCAGCCCAUACCAGGAUGCACUGGGUAACCGUUCGAUGAGCAACCUGCGGGCCGUGUCCAACAUCUCGCCGGCUCUGGGCGGCCAGGGUCUGCGCGCGUCGACGUCGAACCUUGGCUUCAGCGGCGGCGCGCGCCAGCCACUGGGUGCCGCAGAGGCGGCGCACCAGUCGGUCAUGUCGUUUGACUUCCAACGCGGCAAUGUUGGUCCCGACGACGGCAUGAUUGUCGAGGCGAUCCAGGCAGUCUUGCGUGAGGUCGACCUCGACACAGUGACGAAGAAGCAGGUGCGUGCUCUGGUGGAGCAGCGCCUGCAGACCGAGCUCACGGGCGAACGGCGCACCUUUAUGGACCGCCAGAUCGACAACGAGCUGGCCAACAUGUAA